UCUGCACUUUUUCUGGGGGACUUCCUUCUUACAUUGCGACUUUCCUCCUUCUUCUCCCCUCCUUCCGCUUCCCCCUCACCAGUCCCCACAUCCUCCCCUUUCCACACUCUGCAAUUGUGAGCCCAGAAUUUCUGAAUCGGGGGGCUUAGCUUCGCCGGGAUGAACCACAGGAAUGGAUGAAUUCCACCCCUUCAUUGAAGCUCUUCUUCCUCAUGUUCGUGCCUUUUCUUACACAUGGUUCAAUUUGCAAGCUCGGAAACGAAAGUACUUUAAGAAGCAUGAGAAGCGGAUGUCAAAGGAUGAGGAGCGCGCCGUGAAGGACGAGUUACUUGGUGAGAAACCGGAGAUCAAGCAGAAAUGGGCAUCCCGGCUGCUAGCCAAGCUACGCAAGGACAUCCGCCCAGAGUUCCGCGAGGAUUUCGUCUUGACCAUCACAGGCAAGAAGGCCCCGUGCUGCGUCCUCUCCAACCCCGACCAGAAGGGCAAAAUCCGCAGGAUUGACUGCCUGAGACAGGCCGACAAGGUCUGGAGGCUGGACCUCGUUAUGGUCAUCUUGUUCAAAGGGAUCCCUCUUGAAAGUACUGAUGGGGAGCGGCUGUACAAGUCGCCACAGUGCUCAAACCCAGGCCUCUGCGUCCAGCCACACCACAUUGGAGUCACAAUUAAAGAACUGGAUCUGUACUUGGCGUAUUUUGUUCACACUCCUGAAUCGGGACAAUCAGACAAUUCAAACCAGCAAGGAGAUGCGGACAUCAAACCACUGCCCAAUGGGCAUCUGACUUUCCAGGACUGUUUUGUGACGUCGGGUGUCUGGAACGUCACGGAGCUGGUGAGAGUGUCGCAGACUCCCGUGGCCACAGCGUCCGGUCCCAAUUUCUCUCUGGCCGACCUGGAGAGCCCCAGUUACUACAACAUCAAUCAAGUGGCCCUAGGCAGACGGUCCAUCACGUCUCCGCCUUCUAGCAGUUCCACCAAGCGUCCCAAGUCGAUAGACGACAGCGAGAUGGAGAGCCCCGUCGAUGACGUCUUCUACCCGGGGACGGGGCGUUCCCCUGCAGCUGGCAGCAGCCAGUCCAGCGGGUGGCCCAACGAUGUGGAUGCAGGACCGGCUUCUUUAAAGAAGUCAGGGAAGCUGGAUUUCUGCAGUGCCCUGUCCUCCCACGCCACCUCCCCGAGAAUGGCUUUCACCCACCACCCGUUGCCUGUCCUAGCAGGAGUCAGACCAGGUAGCCCCCGUGCCACCGCGUCGGCCCUGCACUUCCCGUCAACUUCCAUCAUCCAACAGUCCAGCCCCUACUUCACCCACCCGACCAUCCGCUACCACCACCACCACGGCCAGGACUCGCUGAAGGAGUUUGUGCAGUUUGUAUGCUCAGACGGCUCUGGCCAGGGGUCGGGGCAGCCUAACGGUAGCGGCCAGGGCAAAGUCACGGGGUCAUUUUUGCUGCCGCCGCCCCCACCUGUGGCCAGACCUGUGCCCCUUCCAAUGCCUGAUACAAAAUCCACCAGCACUAACCCAGAGGGCGGACCACCGACGCCAACAUCACCCUCAUUCUCAGCGCCAGCCUCCUCCUCCUCUGCCAACCGGUUUGUCGGCAUCGGACCCCGGGACGGCAACUUUCUAAACAUCCCCCAGCAAUCUCAGUCUUGGUUCCUCUGACGGGAUCUUCAAGCGAAGAAAAAUAAUACAAGUAAUGAUGAUGAUAAUAAUAAUAAUAGUUUUUCACUCAAGCCCCAAGAGUCAGAAUCUUCAGUCCUCAACCCAUCUCUUCAUGGAGCUGCUCCUCUCGAAGGAAACGUC